CAUGUAACGUUCAAAUUCUACGCCAAUCUCUGUCUCAUUCUCUUUCCUCUUUCCUUUUUCCUUAGAAGAAUCGAAAACGUCUUCAAAAAACCAAGCCAUUAUUAAUGGCUGUCGAUUCCUUCUUCCAGCUUUGAUGGAAAAGAAAGGUUGGAAAAGUCUCAACGAGAGUCAUGUGAGAAAGUGAAACCACACGAUUUUGGUUCUGGCUUGCAUUAAUUACUUUACAGUUUGGAAUUCAAGUUGAUUUGUGAGGAGUCUUACUUAAGAUGCAUGGAUUGAGCUCUAUGCUGUUCAGAUCCCGUAAGAAAGAACAUCAAAUUCGGGAGUUUGUGGACGGGAAUGGAAACGUAGCUGUCGGUUUGAAGUUGCAUAAUAAACCAAGUAAUGAUGGCCUUAACCGACAGUUUCCUCUAGAGAUUCCGCCGAUUCUAUUUGAAGAGACUUCACUUCCAGCAGGAUUGCACGGUUCACAUACUAAAGAUGUUUAUAGUAUUUCAGUGUUGCCUGAGGAAGAUGAAAAUGCAAAUUGCGCUUCACCACUACCUUUCUUGAGCAUCUUAGGGGUUCCUAAUCAAGUUAAAAGCCCAAUGUGCUUAGAUGAUCCCAUAAAUUGUCAAAACUGCAUUGAUUUUCAAAUGAAGAAUGCGGGUGUGUAUUCCCAGUGCAUAAUUGAUAUCCCUAGUGUCAAUGGAAACUCAGUUUCACCUGAAUCCUAUGAAGAGGCAGUUGAAGGUUUUAAAACUGGGAACUCACCAACAAGUGUACUGUGGAGAGAAUCAAGUUUCAAAGCGGGGAAACUUAUGCAGAGUCUGGUGAAUGUGAGCAAUCCAAGAGAUAAACCAGUCUCUGAGAAGCUACAUGAUUUACCGAGUAACAGAUGGAGAAAAUAUAAGCGUGCUGCCUCAUUUGAUUCCAGAAAAGUUGCUCUUCUGUUUUCAAUAUUGUCAAGUUUCGGAACAUUGGUAUUGAUAUAUCUGACAUUGAGAGUGAGGCAGAGGGCUGAUGGGUUUGCUCUUAUUUGAAGUUCCAAUCUUUGACACCUUCUGUUUUUAGAUUUCCGCUAUGUUUGUUUAAUUUAAGCUUUCCCCUUGAAUUGUAAUUGAGCUCCUUGUGGUGUUGAAGAUGGAAUCUAGGAAAUGUUACUUGGCACAAAAUAUAGUCGCGUUUGUCUUAAAACUCCCUAUGUUUAUUAAAUUAUCUGCCAAAAUCAUAUAUCAGUUCAAUCUAAUGAUUAAGCCGAGAGAGCCAAACUAAGACAUUAAAUGGAAAUGUACCAAACAAAGACGAUUAGAUGGAGUGAAGAUGCAGAAGGGAAUGAACGUUGUGGAGUGGUUGUGAUCAUAUUUUUGUAAUCCUUCAGAGUCAAUUAUGGAAGCCAUAAAGAUAGAAUAACUGAUCUCAUUGUGAGAAACCAAGAUUUUGUCUAAUACAAUUUGUAUCUAUGUUCAUAGUUCAAAAAGUUCUAGAACUUUGUCUGAAUCGAACAGAUCUAUAUUUGUUAUAUAAGCAGUUUUGACAGGUCGUGUUUCUGCAA